UUUUAUAUAUUUUCCAGGACGUAGCUGAGCUGGUGACCCCAUUUUGCAAUGGACAAAAUAUCGGCUGCUAGUGCCAUGGAAUGGAGCAUCCAGCUCGACAAGGCUCUACGCUCCAAUAACCCAGCCCGAGCAGCUGAGGCAAUUUUACAGACUGGUCAAAGACUGGAACUGUGGGGACGAGAACCUGAAGCGACGAAGGCAGUGCUCUCCAUCUUCGGUUUAGUCCCUGGCGAGGAUAGACUGUUUGCGAAUACUAUACUUUUAAGGCUUGCGGACGCAUUUCGCUUUGGUGAUAAGAAAAUCAGGCUGUCUGUUGUCAGAAUUUUCUUGACGAAUAUCAGGUGUGAUAAGAGCAACAAACACAGGAAUCAAAAGAGACGAACUUUUCCAAAUAGCAGAGUCUAUAACCAUGAAGAACUGUUGAGAAGAGUGAAGGUUGUUUUGGACACAGGUGACGUUGAGUCGAGAGCAAUGGCUUUAGUUCUAUUUGGUUGUUGGGCUGAUUUUGCAAAAGAUAGUGCAGAGAUACGGUACUUGGUACUCUCCAGUAUGGUCUCUUCCGAUAACUUGGAGGUGAAAGCAUCAUUGUUUGCCGCCAGUCGGUUUUGUGAGUUAACAGAUGACUUUGCAUCUGUUGUGUUGGAGAUGCUGGCGAAUAUGAUGGCUGCCCAAGAAACACCGGAAGCUGCAAGGUUAGCAGGUGUAAGUGUUUUUACUUGA